AAAAAUCAAUUUUAAAUUCUGACAGUCGAGGUUGCGUAUAACAUGAACAUGAAAAAUUGAAUUAUUUAAAGCUAGCUUAUUUAAAAAAUAUUUAAGAAACAGUGUGUUGUAAACAGUUUCCAUAAUGCAAUAUAUAAUAACUUGCUUCUUGGAGCUUUAAGCGCGUUAAAUUUAUAUACACAAAAUUUAUAUUUGUUUAGAAUCUAUUGCGGUCGAUGAUGUAAGAAACUGAAGGUCUUUGGUUUUUGUGUAUUGUUUUCUUGUGGAUUGUUUGAAAGUGUCAACCAUGGAGAGCGAGGAAAGCUUAGGAAAUGCUGACAAAGACGAUUAUGAGAGCAGUGCGCACUCCACUCCUCAAGAACAUAAGUCCUUUGCUGAAAUAGCAAAGGAUAAACUAGACAGCGCGGGACGUGAGUUACGGAGAAGACUACCAAUGGCAGGACAGCUUGGUGCUCAUUUGAUACACCCCAGGAGACUUCUCUUACAUUCAACACCGACUCAGCACACUGAUGUUGUCUUGAUUUUUCCCAAAGGUCUGCCAGACAGCAUGUUGCUGUGGUUGCUGCAGAAGUUGCGAGGUAGCCGGCCGCGACUGCAGGUAUGCGUACGGCAGCAUGCGACUUCGCAGUGUUCGGCCUUCUACAUCACCGCUGAUGAUGACGUACUUCUCCAGACAGCUGAGGAAGUUCAUCUUCCAAAACUGCUGAAACCAGAAUUUGGCGGUGGCUAUAAAGAGUUCACAGUACGAGAUAUGCAUUGCUUCCAGAAGGGUACAUCAGCGGCGGAACUCUUGAACUCCCAAGAGCGAGGUGCUCUAGUGAAACAUGUCUUGGAAGCGGCCCGAGCUGAACCUGGCGACGAACACGCCUUAGAACCGGCGCUCACUCUACGGCCUGGACAAAGCAUUGUGCCAGCUUGCGUCAGUAGAGGCGUUGUCGCCAGUAUGUUUCCGUUACAUGACCGGCAAGCCUUAGAGAGUCUCAGGAAGAAGUGGGUUAAGACUUUAUUUACUCCACAACCUUUAGAUGAAAUUAGUGAAUAUUUUGGUGUUAAAAUAGCUAUGUAUUUUGCCUGGCUUGGUCAUUAUACCCAGUCUUUGACAGUGCCUGCUGUCGUUGGUUUUAUAUUUUGGAUAUGGUUAGGUACAGCGAAUGAAAAUUGGAAAGAUAUAGCUUACGUGUUAUUCUCUCUAUUCAACGUGUUAUGGGCUUGUGUUUACUUGGAAACUUGGAAAAGAUACUCAAAUGUGUUGGCAUAUAAAUGGGGCACACUGGACCAAAGAGACGAUUUGCUAGUCGAACCUCGACCAUUAUUUCAGGGUGAGAUGGGCAUCAGCCCAGUGACGGGGCGGCCGGAACCUCAGUACGCGGCGUGGAGACGUCGCGUGUGGCGGCACUGCGUGUCCUUCCCGGUGAUGGUGGUGUGUCUGAUAGUGGCGGCCGCGGCCACGACUGCCUUCCUGCGGGCGAUGGAUUGGUGGGAAACUAGAAUAGUAUAUUUCACAUGGAUACCUCGCGCCUUCUUGGCUAUCAUUAUUGCUAUAGAGGAGGAGCUGUAUGCAAGAAUAGCUAGAUGGCUCAACGACAAAGAAAACUAUCGUCUCGAGACAAAGUAUGAAAAUCAUCUGAUUGUGAAAAUAGCAUUGUUUCAGUUUGUCAACUCGUUCAUGAGCUUGUUCUAUAUCGCUUUCUACCUUCAAGAUAUGGAUAAAUUAAAAGAGCAACUAGCAGUUUUGCUAAUAACGAGACAAGUAAUAGGCAAUCUGAAGGAGUCCGCCUUGCCUUAUAUUAUAGAGAAUCUCAGAUUAGCUAAGAUAUGCGUCGAUGUAUUUGGAGCAAUAAGCCCUAGCAAAGCUCCUACAUCAGCUCAGCUGACAGAGAUGUUCGAGAAAAAGACAGAUUCAUCUGGCGGGUCACCUGAAAACAACCUCAUCAAUGGUGGGACAGAGAAAGACGGAGAUAGAAGAGACUCGGAACCGGUAAUAGGGCAAAAGGUGAUACAUCAGGCCGAACUUGAGUCUCAAUUGUUCAAGUACGAUGGUACGUUCUGCGAGUACCUGGAGAUGUUGACGCAGUUGGGUCACGUGAUGUUGUUCUCGUCCGCGUUCCCGCUGGCGGCGGUGUGCGCGCUCCUCAACAACGCGGCCGAGAUACGGGCCGACGCCUUCAAGCUGUGCCACGUGGCGCAGCGGCCGUUCGGGCAGCGCAUCAGCAACAUCGGCAGCUGGCAGCACGCUAUGGAGGCCAUGGUAGCAGUAGCGGUAUUGGUGAACUGUGCCCUCAUAGGACUUUCUGGUCCUGUACAUCGUCUGCUACCAGAUGCCACUCCUGCGCAAACUGUACUCGUCAUAGUCGCGUUAGAGCACGUGAUAUUGGUAAUAGUACUUGCUCUCCGAAUGGCGAUACCGGAGAUCCCCGGUUGGUUGGCCACUGAAAUGGCCAAAGUGGAGUUCCAAAGAAGAGAAGCUAUCAAAAACGCGCAUGCUCCAUUAAUGUCUGAAUGCACAAGUCAAGAUGAUGUAAGACCUCCUUCCCGCAACACGGCAACACCAACGACGCCUAAACAAAACGACAAACCAGAACGAAAGAAAAUCAACAUUGGGAAGAUACCAGAAAUACCGCCGUUCAGUUAAUUUAUCACAAGUAUUGCCUGGAUGGGUGUGUAGUUCACAUUACAUGGAAAUAUAUUCAUUGUUUACUAAUUUAAUAAUGUAUAACUAAAUUAUUAUUUUAUACCUCUUUGUAUUGAUGAGUAAUAUUCGUUGAUUUUGUGUUUAGUUAAUAUUUUUAUUGAAUUAAAAGCUUAUUCAAAUUAUAAGUUAUGGUAAAUAAAUUUUUAAGUGAUGACUUAAAAAUUGAUUUAACAUAAAUUAUAAUUUUAUUGAAUUAAAAGCUUAUUCAAAUUAUAAUUUAUGUUAAAUAAAUUUUUAAGUCAUCACAAUAAAUUAUGCUUCUGUUUAUAUUUAACUAAGCAAUUCAUCAUUUUAAAUUUGUUAUCUGUAUUAACUACUUGCAUUUUGUGUAAUUUUAAAGAAAAAAAUGAUAAUUUAAAUCAAUUCAUGAAAACCCUCUAUAAAUCUAUAUGGUUAUUAAUAAAAUUAAACAAUUUUACUAUUACAUAAUUUAGACCAUAAAAACUGUUUAUUAUUUCGCCCGAAAGUCUUUAAUACUUUCCUUUUAUACAUGUAAAUAUAGGCCUUAUUUUGGCAGUUUGAAGUAAUUAGUGAUUUCCAGAUCAUUGCACUAUUUUUAUUGUUACUAAAUUUUACACAUGUCAAAAUGUUUAGUGUAACCUUUACUGCCUAAGGUUCUAAUCACCACACAAUACUAUUAUAUCUACGUACUACUAUUUGCAAGUAUUUAAUAUUCAUCUGAAUGCACAAAAAUCACGUAAUUUCUAAGGAUAUAAAAGGUAACGUUAUUUUUUAUAUUAUUUUCUUUCUAAUUAUGUUUUUUCAAUAUUUUUUUACUCCUUCACAAACACUCUUUCCACUGUAGCACUCUUGUAUAUAGCUUGUCUCUAUCUAUGAUUUAUGGUUCGAUGGUUUCGUUUUCCUUUGAAGUUUCUUAAUAAUAUUUUCAGACCAAAGGCUGCGUCGAUAACCGAACCCGUGGUGACCACUGGAUCGCUUCAAUUGCUUCAAGAUGUCAGUCCUACUAAGCCUAUAAGGCGUAAGGAGGUCGUGCCGGGAGUACCUUUAUCGUUGUUGGGUGUUAGGGGGUUGCGCGACGAACCUCUACACAGAUCUGCACACUGCAUACCUCAUCCUACACAACAUCGACCAUUGGUCAAUCCUACUUUACAGGUGGGAAAUUCUUUUAUCUAUACUAAUGUUAUAAAUUAGAUUUUAUUUUGUGUUUCUUUCUAUCAAUAUUAUAAAUACAGCAAUGCCCCGCUUUACGCGAGGGAUACGUUCCGGAAAAAAUCGUGUUAGAGUCUGGCAAGCGAAACGUGUCACAAGAAAAGGGCGGCAAUUUCAAAAAUUCUUAAGCAGUAAACACUGAAUGUAGUACUGCAAAAUAAUUUUGAUACUUUUAUUAAUUAUAUUUAAUCUUAACAUUUAGAUAUCAAUUAAAAUUAUUUGUUUUGGAACAUUUGACUAAAGCGUGACUGUUCUUAAUUGUACAGUUAACAGCAUAUCAGUAGGCCUAUUCACUAACUCAACUGACAACCAAGAAUCGUCAUCACCGUAAAAAAUAGACACUUUGAUUGUGUCAAAAUCACUAUUUCGUAUUCUCUAUCAAUGAUGAGCAAUUUCGAAAUGUCAAUAUCGGCAUUCUCCACUGGACUCCAUUUUGACACUUGAUUUCGUAUCGAUAAACUGUAUUAAAGUAGCAUUGUUGCAAAGCAUAUUUGAAGUCGUCGCAUAGUACCUCUUAAGCCAUUUGUUGUUAAAUUAAAGCGAAAAAAAAUACGUAUCCAAUAUUUUUCUAUUAUCUGACUGAC